AUGGAGGAGGCGAGCCUUUCCACAGAGCUGACCGACAGUGUGCUGGAGGCUGUCGGUCGUGGGCUGAAGAUAGAACUGAAAAUAAAAGUUCAACUGGAGCUGAAGGACAAAGUGGAGACUUGGGUUCUGGUCUUGGCUCCACACCGGCUCUUCCUUCUCUCGGCUCGGGUCCCGUCUAAGGUGGAACAGUGGUUCAGUCUAUUGGAUCUGCAGGAACUGAGUAGCACCACACCCACACAGCUCUCCCUGGAUUUUGACAGGUCGCGCUGGGGUCUUCGUUCAGUGGGAGAUGUGGAUGAUGUCAUCGCGCACAUCGGCUUCGCUCUGCGGAGGAUCUGUCCCGCCGCCGCUCCUGCGAAGCUGUUUAAAAAGUUGAUCCUGAAGCCGGUGGAGAGGAUGGCGCCCCUGCUGGAGAGAUGGGGAAUUGCACAGGAGCUGGGACCUUGUGGUCAGAAAACUUAA